UCCUAUUUACCGGACCGUUCUGACCAGAAACUAUAGGGCAAUAAGUAUUAAAACCCGUUUGUAAUUAAUUUUCAAAAUAAUCCUUAAACUGUCCAUAGCAUAAUUGCGUUUCAAUUUCCAUGAUGGAUGUAAAACGCGCAAUGGCUCUAAUGAGGUUAUGAGCCUCAGAAGAAGGAUAUGGGAGCAUUUCCACUAAGAUGUCGGUAUCUGCGCUGUAUUCUGGGCUGAGUGGAAAUUUCAGUGGAAGUAGCCUAUUAGUAGGAAAAAGGCUUCCUGUAACCGCGUAUCGUACAUAUAAAUGGAGUAAGGCAAAGGAGGGGGGCGCAGAAAACUUGACACAGCAUUCAAGUGAUGGUCACUCAACCCAUGCACACUCACAGACAUUGCGGAGUAACCUACAGCGGACAGGUCACCACGUCGGCGAGACAGAAUAAAAAGUGAGCCUCACUUCUUGGCGACUAAUCUGCUACUUCAGCCAGGAGGCGCACGGGAUCUGGGAGCACCGGACCACUUGAGCUGUUCUGUGCGCUCUCUCCCUGCAGUCUGCCGGUCUUCAAAGGAUGACCACAGGUGCUCGGCGAAGAUCCCGGACUUCACGAGCUUUGUUUUUGCAUUAAUAAAAGCAGCUUUUAAGAGGACAUAUUUUGGGGCGGACAAACUCCGAAGUUACGCACAGUUUGCAUUUCUUACUGCUGUGUGCGCAGAAAGUCAUCAGUGUCUGAAGACUUUAUAAAGGUGCCCAGAAAAGAAAAUACGACCUCACUGUUUCCCCCUCACUCCCCGGGAGCUAUGAGCGAACUACGCAGGCAUUUCAUUAUAGGACUGGUGUUACUGAUGUGCACGCUCACCGACCACUGCGGCGAGAGCGCGCCCUCCACGGUCCCAACAGGGGACGCAUCGGCCAGCAUGGACGAGCAGCAUGACUUGAGGCGGAUGGUGGAGAUCGUGAAGCAGGUGGAGGGGCGUCGGGGACGCCACAGUGCCAAAACAGAAGCGCCGGCAAUUUCACGGGAGACGAGCUCUCCGAUGGAGCAGAAGGAUUUUCGGGACCUCAAAGCAUUCAGAGGGAAUCAGGCUGUCGCCAUAUUUCCCAGAGAUCUAAGAAAGAAGGAGAAGUUCAUAAAAUACUUAACAGGUCCGCUCUCCUUCAGCCCCAAGUGCAGGAAGUCGGUGUACAAACUCUACCACCACACGAGAGACUGCACGAUACCUGCAUACUUCAAAAGAUGUGCACGGCUUCUGACACGGCUAGCAGGCAGCCCACAGUGCACGGAGGGGUAGCACACACCAGGUCAAAGUCACACACGAGUCCUUCAGAAGAAAAAAAAACUUGGGAAAAAAGUGCCUUGGACAGUAAGGAAGCCUAAAUCUGACCAGCCCCGACUGACACUAGGCACAGUAUUGUCAUUCACUGAGGUCUCCUUCUGCUAAGGCGUGGAUGGGUGCCACCCACCACUCAGGCUGGGCCUUGAUGGUUAGCUGUCACCACAUGGGGGAGCAACCCAGGCAACAAAACCCAGACCAGGAUAAAGACAGUGAAACUGAAGAGUGGAGAAGAUAAAGAAACAAGGGGCUGAGACACACCAACCUGGCGCCUCUUCAUGCUGGGAUCCAAAAAAGAUGUUGCUAAAACAAAACAAAAACAUUUUUUUCUUCAUUUAUUUUGCUCAAGAAAAGAGCGAAAUCCAAAUAUGCUCAACCCUGCCUGUACUACCUUCUACACAGACAAGUUUUCACAGACCUCCAGCUGGCAGUCAGUGCAUAGUUUCAGCCACCUGUGCUCAUACUGAGAAAGAACUGUGAUUAAAUUAUUAAUUGCAUGAAUUUUUCUCUGCAUCUUUGUGAAAAAGAUAAAAAAUAAUAAUAAUAAUAAAACAAAACAAGUGGUUGUUAGAUUUUGGUAGAGUGCAGUACAGAGUAUAUUUAUGUAUUUGAGUCAUCAAAAGGUAACAUUGUACAUAAUGUAGGCCAUCUUUAAAAGCAGGAGCAAUAUCUUCACGCUGUAAAGCGAAACAUAAAAAGAAGCCACCUAUGUACCAUAAAUUAACAUGACUGGCAUUUC